AUGGCCAGGAACAAGGGAAGCAACAGGGAUGUCAGGCCGGACAGGCCGCCGUCCUUCACAGACAAAACCCUGAGUAACAGCAUCACGAAGGUCUAUGUGGGACCUGACCGUGAGCUGUACCUUAUCUACACCGACCUCCUCCGCUACUGGUCGAACUACCUCGAUGGUGAAUUUGAUGUCUCCAAUUCCGAAACCCUGGACCUGCCAACCGUCAGCCCUGCGGUUUUCCGAGUGUUCCUUGAUUGGAUGCGUUCCGAUGGCGACCAAUUACCGAAGUGGAGUGUUCACGAACCUCGCCAGACAUACGGCGAACCCAUCAAAGUCGGCGAAAAUGAAGUUAUCAAAGAUAGGGUCAACUACUACCACUCACAGCCUGAGAGUGAAGCCCUUGAGUGCUACAUGUUUGCCAUUGACUUCGAGAUCCGGCAGUUCCAGAAUGAUCUCUUCGACAGCAUCUUGGAGAUGAACCCAGACGGCAAUCUCGUCCCUAGCUACAGCAUCAUACUCAAAGUCUGGCAGGCGUCUACUCCUGCUCCACUGCUGCGCAAGUACCUCGUCGAUGUCUUUGCCCGCAACUGGACGUACGGGAUUGAUGCCGGAUGUCGAGAGGAACUCAUCUUACGCAAGCAGGUUCCGGCUGAUUUCUGGCUCUCCGUCCUCCUACUGCGAGAUGAACACGGAGAGAUUGAUGACUACCCUCCGUGGGACGAGGAUCUCUGCCAGUACCACAAUCACACCGAUGAAGAACAGCGCAGCUGCUACUGGCAGAACAUCAACGGCGGAUCGGGAUACUGUACCGACUACACGGACGACGAUGACGACGACUCAAUGCUGGACGAAUACGAGUCGGACUUCAUCGAUGACACUGGUGUUUACGCCGACGAGGUGCCCGGUCGGGAAUUGUCGCGGAUGGAAGAAGAUGACACGGGACCCGUCAAGAUGGAGGCUGAACUGGACCAUGAACAUAACGGUUCUGACAUCGGUGAGACCAGCGGUUCCCUCACUAUUUGA